AUGCAGACCCUGAUUGUGUUUCAGUUGCAAUCUGACCACUCAGCACCCCUCCCAAAGUUCCUUUGGAAUCACAAGGAUUUUGAUUUUAUUGCUCCAGGUGGUGACAGUGCAGGUGGUGAGAGUAGCAAUGGGGGUGGUGGUGGUGGUGGUGAGAGUGACAACAAGAGCAGUGAGAGUGACAACAAGGGUUGCAAGAGUGCUCCAAAUAAGGGGAAGCAACAUAUGGUUCAGGAAAGGAAUGACAGUCAGGGUGGGGGUGUUGGCCCUUCUUAUCUAAAGUCACAGCCUGCUCCCCAAGGUGAUGAGGAUGAAUCAUCACUCUCAGAUGCUAACAGGCCUGAGCUGCUGACACCCUUGCAGUCCCUUUGUGACAGAGUAAUUGGCUUCAAAACUGCUCCACCACCCCUGUGGCCUCCCAAUCCACAAACCCCAAGGUUUUGGCAUCCAAGCUCCUCAGACAUAAAUUUCCAGCAUUUUUCAUCCCAAAAGCUCUACACUGUAUGA